GGAUAAAAAACUGCAUCGGACAAUGACCCAGUAGCAGGGAGUUUGAUUCGUUGAUGUAGAUAUAUUAUUGACAUUAGUUAUGCCUGGCGCUGGAGCUUUCUUGCAGAUUGGUAAAGUAAGCCUAGAGCGCGUGUUAGGUCUGACAGUCAGCACCAAUGCGACCUUGACAUGUGACCUCAACACAGGGACCAUCGCUUAUCCUGCAGGAUGUGUGGUGGUUAUAUUUGACCCCCGAAGCAACAAGCAGUCUUACAUAUUCAACACAUCUAGGAAAACGAUCACAGCAGUAGCUUUUUCUCAUGACGGCAAGCACCUUGCUACUGGGGAGAGUGGCAACCAGCCAGCUGUGCGAGUCUGGGAUGUGGCAGAGAAAACUCAGGUGGCCGAGUUCAAUAGACACAAGUUCGGAAUUGUUUGUGUUAAAUUUUCCCCCACUGAAAAUUACGUGGUGUCUAUUGGAUCAGAACAUGACAUGAUGGUCAAUGUCUGGAACUGGAAGAAAAAGAUUCAAGUGGCAUCCAAUAAAAUCAUUAGCAAGGUGAAUUCCAUGGCUUUCUCAAAAGAUGGUUCCGUGUUCGUGACUGUUGGGCACCGUCAUGUAAAGUUUUGGUAUUUAAAGGACACUAAAUUAAAGAUUAAUCAGGUGGUGCCUCUUCAGGGAAGCAGUGGAAUCCUUCGUUCCCACCUAAACAACUUUUACUGUGACGUCAGCUGUGGUCACACAGUGUACGCCAUAACUCAGUCAGGCUUACUGUGUCAGUUCAACGAGAAACGAGAGUUGGACAAGUUUGUGGAGGUGCAAGCCACCGCUGCUUAUUGUAUCUCUGCUGGUAAGGACCACAUAUUUGUUGGCUGUGCUGACGGUGUGAUCCGGAUAUUUGAUGCCAAUCUGCAGUAUGUAGCUACAAUGCCGCAUCCACACUGGCUGGGGGUCGAUGUUGCUUUACAUCCCAGUCACAGUCACCUGAAUUUUCAAACAGAGGAUGCUAGGUUCCCAGACACUGUUGCUAUCAGCUACGACGAUGUACACCGAAAGGUGACUUGUGUGUACAAUGACCACAGUCUUUAUGUGUGGGACGUCCAUGACGUCAUGAAAAUUAGCAAGAUCUGCUCUUUCCUGUACCACAGCAAUGGCAUCUGGGGGUCGGAGGUUUACCCGGGUAUAACAGAGGACAUGAAGCCAGUUUUACCAUCGGGAUCAUUUAUUACUUGUUCCUCGGAUGACACGAUUCGGAUCUGGAAUUUGGAUCCACACAUGAUGGAAACUGAAAGUAGCAAACGGAAUGUCUAUUCUAAUGAAUUGCUGAAAAUUGUUUAUGUGGAUCCAACGCAUACCUUUCUGAAGAAUGUUUCUCGCAAACCAGCAGAUGAAGGUAAAUCUGGAAUUCGAUGCAUCGGAAUAAGUCCUGAUGGGCGCCAUCUUGCUUCCGGGGAUAGAAUUGGAAAUAUCAGGGUGCAUGAUUUAAGAAAUAUGGAGGAAAUUAUUAAAAUAGAGGCACACGACCAAGAAAUUCUUUGUGUCCAUUACUCAAAUCUUACUGCAGGUCCUAAGCUGAUGGCGUCUGGCAGUAGAGAUCGUCUCAUUCACGUCUUUGACGUGGAUCAGAGUUACAAUUUGAUGCAAACCCUCGCUGACCAUUCCAGCUCUGUUACUGCCAUCAAAUUUACGGAGAACGAUGAACAAAUAAAGAUGCUCAGUUCCAGUGCAGACAAAUCUGUUCUCUUCCGAGAAGCACAUAAGUCUCCAGAGAGUCAGUUUGAAAUUUCUAAACAACAACAUGUUGUAGGCACCAAUACAUUGUAUGACAUAGAUAUAGAACCCACACAAAAACAUAUGGCAACCGCAUGUCAAGACCGAAACAUCAGAGUAUACAACAUUGAAACAGUGAAGCAAAUACAGUGUUACAAAGGAGCAGUUGGAAUUAAAGGGGUGCUAUUAAAGCUUCAGUUAGACCCGUCCGGUCAGUACGUGGUCACUUGUUGUUCGGAUAAAAGUCUUUGUUUACUGGACUUUAAGUCUGGCGAAAUUUUGGCCACCAUGAUCGGCCAUUCGGAGCAGAUCAAUGGUGUAAAAUUUAUGCCUGACCUGAAGCGUUUGGUGUCCGUAUCCAGCGAUGGCUGUAUCUUUGUCUGGAGACUGUCCCCUGAACUGACCGAAUCAAUGCGAGGCCGUCUGGAGGAGAUGGGGAGACUUCCUUAUGAGGCCAUCAACACGGAAAUCAACAGGUGGGAGAAUUUUUCAUGCGAUUCAAAGUUAUACAGAGGAAUAUGUAGAAUUUCUUGA